AUGCCGUCAAUCGUCCGAAAAGAAAUCUCGAGAUACUUUGUUGCUGAUGGAAUACGGCCCGGUGAUGACAAUGCUGGUCAACGUCGACAUACACCACCUCUUGAUACAUCAAGAGUUGCAAGGGAUGUACAAACAGCAUCUCCAGUGGUGUCAGACCUUCUCCAGAAACCCUUCCUAGGAUUCGGGAGCAGAGGCUCACAUCCACCGACAACAAGUUACUACAGCUGGUCUGAGUCCGGGAAAGCAAGCUCAGCACGAGUCGCGCAUUUUGCUCAGGAUAUUGAGCCUUUGGCCGCAGGCCAGCUCCAAAGUGAUCGAGUCCAGCAACAGAUGGAAUCAAUUCCCCUUGAGCAAAACACAGCUCAACGUCUUGCUGCAGAGCGGGUGGCUCGUGUACAACACAGCAAAAGUCAUGAUCCAAUACUCGAACCUGUUCAAGAGAUUAGCCAAACCACUCGCCUACCAGUCAAGCCUCAAACCAACCAAGAAGUUGAAAUCGAGACAACGCCUGUACCCAUCUCUGACAAGCAUGAGACCUCUGUCCCUGCUGCCACAAGACUAGUUGAUCAGAGCGAAAGAGAAUGGCACGGCCCAAACAGAACUUUGCCGGCUGAUGCAGCAAUGCCAACUAUACCAAACGACAACGUGCCUUGUCGUAAUCGAUCAAGACAACCAGAACUCGCUGUCAAUUCUACUGUCAAGCAGUAUUCGGAACCGUGGGAAGAGCUGCUGCAAAACUGUGAACUCGCAACUCGGCCUUCGGUGCCCACCUACUAUGAUGAAGAUCUGCCUCGAUACAACUCACCUGUUGUCAGAGGACAGCGUUUACCGGAUGUUUACAAUCAUGCUAACCUUCCACUCUGGCGGGCAGAUGUUGACCAAUUCCCAGAGUAUGACUUUCCAGACAACACAGCUUUCAUGAGCGAACAUGUACAUUGGCCGCAACCCGAGGUCAUUGAAUAUCAGGAUGACAAUGUUUCAUUCUUAGGAGAGACGAUUGAUGAGGUUUCGGAGUCUCUAGAUUCACAAGACGAAUAUGAGCUGGCAACGGAAGAUGCUGUGGAGUGGGACGCCGAUGAUGCUGGCCAAUAUGAUGAGGUACAAGACUACCAGAUUCGAAAUGACGAGGCUGUGGACAACUUUGCUAUGUUCUGGCAGCCGAACAAGUUAUACUGA